UGGAGGGGACGGAGGUGGUGGUAUCAGACAUGCCACUCAGCUGGGCCAUGCUGGGCUUCCUCUACACCGGCUCUUUCUUGUACCUCUUGAGCUCUGAGAAGCUGUGGGAGAAGUCAGAGAAAGACCACUCCAGGCUCUGUCCUUGGGAAUGCCUGAUCUUUGUCCAGAUGUGGCCCAGCUCCUUCUGCGUGUUUCUGCCGAGCAAGUAUGACUGUGUCAUGUCCGAGAAGCCAAAGAACUGGACCAUCCAUGGAUUGUGGCCCAGCGAUGUUCAGAAAUGCUGCCCCUAUUGGCGUCUCUUCCCUUCCGACCUGAUAAACCUGGUGCCCGAACUGAACCGUCACUGGCCAACUUUCACCAAUCUGAGCAACUUCCAGUUUUGGGAGAAAGAAUGGGAAAAACACGGGACUUGCGGUGGCUGCAUCGAAACCCUGAAUAGUCCGAAGAAAUUCUUCGGGGCUGCACUUUUCCUGCACACCAAAUACAAUAUUGACAGGGCCUUUGAAAAGGCAGAGAUUAUUCCCUCCUGCCAGCAGAGUUACCAGCUGAGAACCUUCGUUGACGCCCUGGAGCCUCUCCUGGGACCCCGGUACCAGCUGCAGUGUGUGACAGACAGGCAGGGACGGGAGUUGCUGGUCCAAAUCAAGGUUUCCCUCUUCAGCAACUUCUCCACGGGCUGCGUGGCAGACCCCGCUGUGGGCAUCUCCCCUUACCACCCCUGCAGGGCUCAGAGUGGGAUCUUUUAUGUACCUCCCAAUCUGAAGGAUCCCCGCCAACCCUGCCCAUGAUGAUCCAAGAGAGAUCAGCCGGAGGCGAGAGAGAGACCGGGAGAAAAUCCAUCAUCCUCAGCUGGGGUAUUUCCACCAACGGACUCCACGGACGGCCAACCAUCCAUUUCUUCUCCCUCCACCGAAGUUUGGGGAAUUUGAAGCCUCCCUGUGGCCAACUGGGAAACCCUCCCUACUAAAUCCAUUUGCCACAUGUGGCCAACUAGAAUGGCGGGUUCCAAGGAGUUCUUGAAAAUGCUAGAUAGUCCUUGACUUACGACCACAGUUCGGCUCAAACUUUCCGUUGUUAAGCAAAAUAGGAAUAUUCUUGCCCUAAGGUAGCAGCCGGGAGAUGUAGCUGCCCAGGUAGGAAAACUGCCAA